AUGACUUCGCUUGUGGUGUUGAAUGAUGCUCUUGAUUCGCAUAGUAAUUUACGCUUCAUCUUUUUAUGUAUGGAGUGGUCAAUGCAUGGUGGUUUGUGGCUAAUUUUUAGUUCAUUUAUAUUCCUGAUAUCUAUGAGGUAUAAUUUUUCACUGAAUACCAGAUAUGAAUUAGCUGUAUUAACAUUUGGUCUUUGUGUUGAUCUGGUAAUUGUUGGGAUUAUCAAAGGAACAGUAAGAAGAUCGCGACCGCCUUUUGAUAUUAAGGACCAGCUCUAUGAGGCGCCUUUGGUCGAUAAAUUUUCAUUUCCUUCUGGUCAUUCCUCCCGUGGUGCGAUGUUAUCAGUGUUGUGUUUAGCCUUUUGUCCAUUUUCACACUUCAUUACACUCAUUGUGAAGUCAUUUCCGUUUAUAUUGGGAGCUUCCCGAAUUUGUAUUGGUCGACACUAUGUUAGCGAUGUUAUGAUGGGUUUAUUACUUGGUUACGCAGAAGGGAAUUUUGUGCAAUAUUUGCCAUUACAUACAGUAAAUCUUUUGAAACAGAUGUUUCCUACGAUAUUUGGUGUUAAUGAAUAA